AUGAGGAUUUCCUAUUUUUUCUCGCUCUUAGGAUUCGUUUUUGGAGAGAAAUUGAAAUAUGAAGAAACAGAGUCUGACAGACCAAAUAUCGUUUUUGCGAUAAUUGACGAUUACGGAUACAACGACAUUGGAUACCACCAGGACAUCAUCAAGACGCCGAACAUCGAUGCCAUUUCCGCCUCCGGAGUGCGCCUUGAAAACGUGAGCAGUCAAGAUGAAACAGUAGUGGAAAGCACAGUCGUCAGAACACCUGUUCGAUCGCGUCACAAAUCUGAAUGCGAUGCAUCAAAAAAGAUGCCAGCUCCACCACAUCGAGAACGACGGAGAACAUCCUCUGAUAGCGGCGCACUUCUUUAG